GUAGUAUAUGCUGACCUUGAACUCACUAUGCAGCCAAGGUUGGCUUCAAACAUGCUGCGAUCCUCCUGCCCCAACUACCCAUGCUCAGAUUUCAGGUGGGCACCAGCAUGCCCAGCUUGGACUGAGGUGUUUUUGAGUCACUAAAGCCUUAACGUCCCUGGCAGAAACCAGCCAACUCACCCAUUAGAACUUUGCAUAGUGUCCUCUCCAGUUCAAGUUCAGCCUCGAGCUUAGUAACAAAUGGGUGGUAGGCACUGGGUUGUAGGCACCAGGGCAAGCUGUUCAGAGGUUUCAUGGCUGUUACUCUUCAACUGUCAAUCUAAUUUCAACAUCUGCCAGUCACUGAGAGCUCAGCUCAUACAUAAGAAUGCGGGGUUCAGAGCCAGAAAGGAGGGUUUGUGUCCUACCCUACUUCACGAUACAAGUCACCAUCUCUGCAAAAACUUCUGUUCCGAGUACAUGAACCUCUGAGAUGGUAUGUUAGGAUUAAUAACUUGACAGAAUCUCCACCCUCCAGCCUUCAACAGAAGAGCUGGGUGUAACUCGGAUUCUGAGCAGCAUUUUCUGAGUCCAGUGUACCUGAUAGCCUUAAAACACUUCCCUAGUGCCAGCCACUGGGUUGACAUUAUAGACCUAACUUAACUGUAUCUCUCUGAUACCCAGUACCCAACACUUGGGGUGUGAGAUGGUUCAGGGAACCAAUCAGAGGCCAGGAUUUGGGGGUGGUGACUAUGAGAGCCUCACACCUGGGCUGUGAGGUCAGGGGACCUGGCCUCAAGAGACUUGGUAAGUGGAGCACGGGAAGGGGCUAAGCCUACACAGCUGGCCUGAGACUUUGCCCCAAGGACAAGGAUACCCAUAAAUAAAGCCAGGCUCAGUGUUCACCCUCAUACUUGCCACAAUGUUACUACUCAGCCUGACCCUUAGCCUGGUUUUCCUAGGCUCCUCUUGGGGUUGCGGCGUUCCUGCUAUCAGUCCAGCGCUGAGCUUCAGUCAGAGGAUUGUCAAUGGGGAGAAUGCGGUAUCAGGCUCCUGGCCCUGGCAAGUGUCCCUGCAGGACAGAAAUGGUUUCCACUUCUGUGGUGGUUCUCUCAUCAGCCCAAACUGGGUGGUGACUGCUGCUCACUGCAACAUCAGUCCUGGCAGCCAUUCUGUUGUCCUGGGGGAGUAUGACCUAUCAUCCAAGGCAGAGCCUGUGCAGGUGCUAGCCAUCUCAAAGGCCAUUACACAUCCAAGCUGGAACCCCACUACUCUGAACAAUGACCUGACGCUCCUGAAGCUGGCCUCACCAGCCCAGUAUACCACACGCAUCUCACCUGUCUGCCUGGCUUCCUCAAAUGAGGCACUCUAUGACGGCCUCAAGUGUGUCACCACUGGCUGGGGCCGCCUCAGUGGCGUGGGCAAUGUGACACCGGCACGUCUGCAGCAGGCAGUAUUGCCCUUGGUCACUGUGAAUCAGUGCCGACAGUACUGGGGCUCAAGUAUCACUGACUCCAUGAUCUGCGCAGGUGCCUCAGGUGUCUCCUCAUGCCAGGGCGACUCCGGAGGCCCUCUUGUCUGCCAGAAAGGGAGCACAUGGGUGCUUAUUGGUAUUGUCUCCUGGGGUACCACUAACUGCAAUGUGCAAGCACCCGCUGUAUAUACUCGUGUUAGCAAGUUCAACACUUGGAUCAAUCGGGUCAUAGCCUCCAACUGAGCCAACCAGAGGCCUUCUCCCCCAUUUCAACCUAAUAAAGACCCCAACCUCUUUCCUCUUGUAUAUUCUUGUCUUUCUCCUGGCUCAGGGAAAAGGAGAACCUCCUGGCUACCCAUACCCACACUUGAACUUUUAUCUUUUGACAGAAGGAGAGGUCAAGAUACCUUUACAGUAGCCAUCCCAGAUGAGGCUCCUAUCCUUCUUCCUCUGGGGCAAUUCUUUGGUCUCAAAGUACAGAGCUAGGGCUGUUGGCAUGAAUGGGCAGCCUUCCCUGGGGAGGGCACCCUGUUUAUUGAAUACAGGGAUACAUUUACAAACUGAAUACACAAAAUAAAUAACUGCACAUUCCCCAUCCAGGGUCCAAGAGAAGGCCUAAAUGAGCCUAUCAAAGGCCCCAAACUCCAAACUCCCUUGUCUUACUCUCAGGAUCAGGUUUACCCUGGGCAAGAGAGGAAAUAAAUCCCUAGGACUUUAAGACCCUAGAUAUUUGGGAAAGUGGCAGGAAAUUCUGAGGCUGUAAGCCUUGGCCUUUCUAUUCCCUCUUGCCCAGAGCAGUAGGUACAGAGGAAGGAGCAUAUAAGGCACAGUCGGCUUGGCACAGAGUGGUCUCUUAGGUUUGGUAUCUCACUGAUGGUGGCACAUA